CCACCAGUCCACCAGCAGCGCUCGAAGCAUCCGUGCGGCGCGGCGAGCGAGAGGAUGACGGCGCCCAAGCCUGGCGGGGGAGCGGCGGCAGCCGCGCGGGCGGCGGCGGCGGGACCCAGGACGGUGCUCAUCACGGGGGUCAGCAGAGGGCUGGGCCGGGCGCUGGCGCUCGAGCUCGCGCGGCGCGGGCACGCGGUCGUCGGCUGCGGCCGCUCCGCGGAGCACCUCCGCUCCCUCGAGGCGGAGAUCACGUCGCCUUCGCGCCACUUCCUCACCGUUGCCGACGUCAGGUCUGACAGCAGUGUGGCUGAGUUGGCAAAGGCCGUUGUGGAAAGGAAGCAAAUUCCAGAUAUUAUAGUAAACAAUGCUGGUACAAUAAACAAGAAUAACAAGACAUGGAAUGUUCCAGCUGAAGAUUUUGAUAUGGUGGUUGAUACAAAUAUCAAGGGAACAGCGAAUGUGCUUCGCCAUUUUGUACCACUUAUGAUAGACAAGAGACAUGGGAUUAUAAUCAAUCUGUCCUCUGGUUGGGGAAGAUCUGCUGCUGCAGAGGUUGCUCCAUAUUGUGCUUCAAAGUGGGCGAUUGAGGGCCUGACACGCUCCUUAGCUAAGGAGCUGCCUCCGGGAUUGGCAGCCGUUGCUCUUAGCCCUGGUGUUGUGUAUACUGACAUGCUUACUUCAUGCUUUGGGAGCUCAGCUGCACUAUACCAAACGACUGAAACAUGGGCACCCAAGGCAGCUACAAUGAUACUAAGCCUUUCGCUCGACGACAAUGGCGCGUCACUGACUGUAUGAAGUGGUGAAAAAUUUGCACCGAGCCGAUUGCUGAUGGGUUCUCUUGUAGUAGCCUGACAUGUAGAUUUCGCGAGAUUAUGGUGCUGUAAAAUAGAAGCAAGAAUGUGUCUGCACUCCGAUGUCCCUAGCUGCUGUCUGAACGUAUAUUGUUGCAGUAACAUUUACCUUCAUGGCCUA